AUGGUUGGAGUGGCUACUGCUAGGAAAUUCAUCAGCAUACAUACAUUUCCUAAGAUGUUGAUUUUACACCUGAAGCAGUUAGGUUAUGGAAGUGCCAUAUUGCAUAAACCUGUGCAAUUUGGUACUUCCAUAGGUUCCAUAACCAAACCGCUUCAGGUUUUUGUGGACAACGAAUGGUACUUCAUUCGCCAAAAUUUUAAUGCUUUUGUUGUUAACAUCGACGACACAUUUAUGGCCCUAUCGAAUGGCAAAUACAAAAGUUGCUUGCAUAGAACAUUGGUUAACAACAAGACUCCUAGAAAAUCACUUCCUUUCUUUCUUUGUCAAGACAAAGAUAAGGUGGUGAGUCGACCAACUGAAUUGGUGGACUACAACACCCCUCGACUAGAUACGGACUUCACAUGGCUUGCUCUCCUUGAGUUUACUCAAAAUUAUCACAGAGUUGAUACAUGGACUGUUCAAGCUUUCCCGACAUGGCUUCAAGCAAAUAAUGUAGAAGCUUAA